AUGAAUUAAAUACAAAUAGAGGCAUUAAGUGAACUCACAAUCAAUCUUUUAAAUGUACAUCGAACAUCAAUAUAUAGACUCUUAGAUUAUAACUGAAACCAGAAAUUAGUACAAUCGAAUCAUUCAGAAAUCUUAUCCUUUUAUUUUAAGGAACUGAAGAAUGGAUCUAAAUUAAUAAUGUAUUAUAAUUCAUUAUGAAAAGAGUGCUCCAUGGAGUAGAUUAGUUUAAUAAUUAUUAAAACCUAAGAGAUUGAUAAAGUUAAUAUAAAAUCAUUAUAACUAUGAUCUCUCAUAAAAUGUAUACCUAUUAAAUUAUGAAAUAUUGGAUGCAUAACCUAAAAAUGAAAUUGAAGAAAUAAUUAAUAGAAUCGUUUGUGCUUUAAUUAGUUAUCAUUAUUAAGUUACUAUACCUGAUCCACCAUAAGUUAGUUAAGUGAGUAGAUUCACUUAAUAAAAUUCAUAAUCUUCGUUAAUUAUCAAUGAAUAAAAUCAAGUCAAUCAUUUCACAACUAGUUCUUCAAUAUCUACUAUGAUUCCACUUGAAUUCUAAAAUGAAUAAUCUGGAGAAUCAUAAAAUACAAGAAGAGCUUAAUAUAUACUAGAUAAACUAACAGAUUAAAUUAACAAUAGUGUUGUUGGACAUUAUAAUAAGUUAUUUCAAUAUUGA